UCUUAUUGAAAAUAUUGAUUCAAGAAAUGUAAAUUGUGUUUCAUAAACCAAAGAUGAAGAACUAGCUGCUCGGUUUCUCACCCAAAUGCUGUUAAUCGUGUACUCACCGAGUAUGAAAAAUAAGUUCAUUUUAGAUAGGUGACUUUGGCGAGACAAGAUAUAAAACUGAAAAGCAGUUGUUGAUUUAAACUUUUGGCGUUUUAAUAUUCCUAAAGGGUCAGGUUACAGAUUUGCAUAUAAUGUUAGGCCUAGGAUCAUACUUAUUUGGAAACUUAAAACGGCAAGAAGCCUCUUUGUGAACGUAAUAAUGAAGUGAGACACGCAUUUCACAGUGACUGAAUUUCAAGUAUAGGUGUUACGAAGCAGAUCAACAACCAAAUUGACUGUCAUAUUAAACAUGAAUGAAGAAGAAGGUGGAGAAUCAGCCACAAAUGUUGAAGUUGUUACUCCACAUCAGAUUCAAGGUAGUGUUGAAGGCUGGAAUUUGAAGAUGACAGAGUCUGGAGAGGUUUAUUUCAUUACAGAAGAAGGAGAAGCUGGAGAAAUUAGAGUGUCACCUAAUAGUAUACCAGCUGAUGGUUCGGUACAGUACUUGGCAGUAAAUGAUUCUUCAGUUGACUUGAACAAUGCUUCAGGGAAUGAAAACAUUGUUAUCUAUUCUUCGGCAGUGGAUCAUUCUGUAGAUAUGACAAAAAAUGGUGUCACUGGUCAAAUUGUGCUUAACAAGUACCAAGAAACAUUCCAUAAUGAAGAUAGUGUGGCUGGCAUAUCUUCUGUUUUACCCGAAAAUACUUUAGACGGUGAAGAUCAGUUAGCUAAAACAAAUGCAACCCAACUCAGCAAAAAUGCUCAACAGAUAUCUUACACCAGCCCUGAAGAAGCUCUCUAUACUGUUUCUUCUGACAGAUUAUCAGAAACCAGUACAGUUAAGAGCACAACUAAACCCUAUGCUAGUGAAGAUAUUGUACUCCACCCUGACAGCUCUUGUGGGGUAACAGAGGAUUCUGUACCUGCUCAAGUAAACACUCUCCACCUCCCAGAAACCAUUUUAAAAACAACAGAGAAAGGUGGGCAAUAUUUUGGAACAAAAUACCUUGUUCUACAACAACCAGAUGGCUCCCAGCAACAAUUGUUACUCUUGGAAGAACGUGAAGUAGACCAGACAUAUAAUGAUGGUAAUGUGAGUAUAACUGGAAGUGAACAUUCAAAAAAUGACCUAGAUUUCUUAACUACUGAACAUGUGACAUCAUCCAUGGCUCCAGAUGCAGCUUCGUCACCAACUAGAGCUGUUAGCAGUUUUAAAAGUGACAGCAAAACAAACAGAUUUCUUAAACUUGACCCAUCACAACUUCAGAUCAAAAGAAGUGAUAUAAUUAAAAGCUCUUCACUGAAGAAAGAAGAAAUUUUAAAGAUGUUCAUGGGCAGUAAAACUAACCGGAAGAAAAAGUCUGUCAGUUCAAAACUUCCUACAAAACCUAAUAUGACUGAACCUGUUGUUAUAAAGGAGGUGUUGGAAAGGUUAACAUCAUUAGAAAAAGAAGUUAAGCAAAUUAAUGCCAAUUAUCAACAUAUGAACACCCAGUAUAUUCAAAUGAAUAAACAACUUCAGAAUUUGACAAAAUUAAUAAAGGAGGAAACUAACAAACCAAAGAUGACAACCCCUAGCUCUUCAUCCAUAGGUCAGUUUAAUAACAGGGUUACUGGUAAACCAACAAUUGUGUCUUUAAGACCCUCAGUAGGCUCUCAGCCUCAGUCUUGUUCAUCAAUGACACCUUACUCACAAGCUCCCCCUUUUUCAUUUGAUGAUGAUUCUCGCACCUCAGAUGAUUACAGUGAAUCGGAGCUUUGGGAAGAAGAUGAAAAUAGGCUGGAAGGUGACAAUAUCCAUUGCCUUGAAGACAGCACAAGAGGUGGAAGGUUGGUAGCUUGGAGCCCUCAAAUGACAAAGCUGCUUUUGUCCUUAAGACAAAAACAUGAUGGUCUAUUUAAUGAAGACUUUGUUCAAGGGGAACGUCUAACAAAAAGAAAAGCAUGGAAUAUUAUUGCAAAGAUUAUAACAAAAGUUAGCUCUGUUUAUGUAACAGGAGAUCAAUGUGAAACAAAGUGGAAAAGAGAAACAAACAAGAAAAAACCUUUAGUGCAGGAUGGAAGUAAAAGUGAGAUUCCGAGUCCUUCAGUAAAAUCAGCAGGAAAUAAUCAUACAAAUAUUAGCUCUUCACUAAAUGUGGCUGGAUUGAAAUCUGCAAGAAAACAGCUUAACCCUACAAAGUUAAGCAUACCAUUUUCUUCAAAGUCAGCCAGUGGUUGUUCUGUAAUGUCAAAUGGAAAUACUGAAGCAUCUAUUGUAAUCAGUGAAGAGUCCACUCAAAGUUCUCAGGACAAAGCAGAAGAAAUACAAAAAGAUACCAUAAAAGACAAAAGUGUUGAUAAAGCUGAAACACCAGCUGAAUCUAGUGAUAGAAAACGACCUCGGAAAGAGGAAGACAGUUACAUUCAGACUAUCAAAAAGAUGCACAGUGAUCGGAUGCAGAUUCUAGAAAAGCUAGUUCAAGUGUUUUCUGAAGACACGUAAAUAGCUGCAAGUGGAAAACAUAAUGUAAAGUCGUUUUUUCAAAAUAUAUGUUUAGAUCAUCCACUCAUUGCUCAUAUUCAUUCUCUGAAAUGUUGUUGUUAGUUUUUCUUCUAAACAUAGGUCAUUUUGUCAUAAUUUUUGUAAUAAAUGCUCUAAUCACAUAAUUAUUUUAAGUUGUAUUUUUUUUCUGUCAUAAGAAACACUAGAUAUUAACUGAAUGGAAGAUAAACUGAAAUGAUGGAUAAGUGAGCUAAUGUCAUGUUAAACUGACCUUUCACAGUCAUUUUUCUAAACUUAUUUUGAUGAAUUUUUUUAUUCCUAUCAGUAAAAAAAUUGAGAUAUAAUUAUAGAAUGUAUUGUUUUGCAUGUCACUCGCUGUUCAAUUAUUUAGUUUAAGUCCAGUUGAAUAACUUGUUAUUUUCGUUGUUGUGUCUUAGUCUAUAAUUUACUUGAAUUUAAGCAUUAAAAUUUCUUGACUACUAGAUCAAAAUAAUUACAUUAUGUUUAUACCUUUAAUCUGGCUGUAAUGUUUUAUUAAGAUAUUAAUAAUAAUGAAACAAAUAGUAGGUUUAAAAAAAUUAAUUCAUUUGCCCAUUCGCAAAUGACCAGUCAAAAAACAAAUUCCCCAAAAUUGAGAAGUAUUUCAUAAUUAAUUCGUCUAAAAAUCAUUUUCCUAAACUUGUUUCAAUUUGUUGAUCAGCAUCAUUUCUCACUAGUCAUUAUGUUUGAAUAACAGAGCUAAAACCACAAGAAUAAAGGGCCUAAAGUUAGAAUAAUUUAAGUACUAAUUAAAACUUAUCUUUGAAUAUGCAGGUACUUUGUGUGUGUAAUGAUGAACCUUAUGUAAGAAUAGAAUAUCAAAAUGUUGAAUAAUGUUCAUGUGAAACAAUAAUGAAUGAUUGUUAAUGCAGACUUCAAAUCACUAAGUCCUAUAAAAACAUUUCAAGCAUGCAUAUCUAAAAGAUGGGUAAGAAGGGGCUGGAAACCAUAGAUAAAUGCCACUUGUGCAACCACUGUGAACUUGUUUUUUUUUCUCCACAAUUUUUGCAUUUAGUAGUUGUCAGUGGUUUAUUGUGAUUACAUAUCAGUAUUUUGUUUGUUUGCUUCGGGUGCUGUAAUCCAGUAUUCAAAUAAUCUCUGAAUAUUCUUCUCAAGAUUGAAGUUUUGUUUUUCUUUUUCAAAAAUUAGUAUAAAUAUUCAAAGUUUUUGGUUUUAUAUUGUUAGUAGUUUUACACGUAUCAAAUUAAAAAAAUUACUUUCUUUUUUCUGUUUCUGCUAUUUGAUACAACUAAUCUUCCAACAGAAAGAUUGAAGUUGAAAGAAGAUAGUCUAGCAGGGAUCUCCAUCAUGUUGUUGAUAAGCACACAAUAUCUAUGUAUUAAACAAUCUAUAUAAAUGGCUGAGCAUGUAUGCACUUUCCCUGAUCAAAUCGGGUUUUUGUUGGCUAGAUAUUGUUAAAAGUUGCAUGCUUUGAUGUCUUUAGAAUCAUUGUUUAAUAUAGUUUUUAAUGGAUGGAACAGUGAUAUAGAAUCAUUGUUAAACAUGGUUUAAAUGGACGGAACAGUGAUAUAGAAUCAUUGUUUAACAUAGUUUAAAUGAAUGGAACAGUGAUAUAGAAUCAUUGUUUAACAUAGUUUAAAUGGAUGGAACAGUGAUAUAGAAUCAUUGUUAAACAUGGUUUAAAUGGAUGGAACAGUGAUAUAGAAUCGUUGUUUAAUAUGGUUUUUAAUGGAUGGAACAGUGAUGCAUUAAAACUUCUGAUUGUUUUGCUGCAUUCAGCUUUUCUUCUUUUCUUUCCUUGUGCCGAGUUUGAUUCUUUAUAUAUUGUCCUGAUAGAAAUGCAGAUAGCUGGGGUGGGGGUCAUGAACAGACGUUUUUUGUUUUUUUUUAAGUAUAGCCUCAAACUGAUAAAAGUAAAUAUGAAUGAAAACUUUUGCAAUUACUAGUAUCUAAUGUUGGAAACAUGGUCAGUUGAAUGGAUAAGUAUGAUCAAUUGAUGUACAUUACAAGAUCAAUGUCAGAUUUUGUGACAAUUUCCUUGACAAACAAUGGACUAAAUAUAUGAGUAAAUUACAGAAAUAUCUCUUUACAUAAUCAUUUAGGCCUAAUAAAGGGGCAAUGUUAGACCUAUUUCUGUGCCAUUACCUAGCUGUGUUAGUUAUUUUGGAUAUGGUGGUUGUGUGAAAUUAGUAUGCUGUAUUAAUACUUUAUAAUUUGAGAAAACAUGGCUUAACUUAGUAUCAUAACUAUAAACAGCAGUACAUAAAAAUAGUACUUGUACCUAGUAUUUUGUUACUUUUUGAAACUUAGAUAAAUCUCACAGAAUAUAAGUUAUUUGUAAGUUGCUACAGUAGAGUGCUUGCUACUUCUGUUAUUUCACAUGAACUGAUAGAGUUGAAAAGUUUAACUAUGUGUAGGCUUGAUGUUCACUGAUUGACUUCUGAUAAUAUUUUUAUUGGUUGAGCCUUUCUAUAAUUGUGCUUAUUGGCUAUGUAUUAUGAUUAUUCUGGAAAUUCUGUUGGUUAUGUAUAGAAAUGUUGUUAUAUAUAUAAAAAAAAAAGAGUUUUGAGGGUUUUUUAGUUUCAAUAAAAGUUAUGAAAUCACUUUUCUGUUGGUGAAAGUGAUGAAUGAGGUUUAGUGACACAGAGUAGCCAAUGUCCAUUUUCAACAAUGAAGUGAGAGCUCUGUAAUGACAUUUUGUUCCUGACUUAAUAAAACAAAGCCACUUCUGGCCAUGGAAAACCAAAA